GUAGCAGAGGGAGGUAGAGGAGCUGUGCGUGUUGGGCUCGGCUGACCGGUGGCCCCUCAGCCGACUCUCAAGUACAGCUCCCUCGCCGCCCCUCACCUCCUCUCCUCCCCGGCUCCGGUUCCAACACCUUAACUCCGAGCCGGGGAGGGGGGGAGGAUCCCUCCAGCGUGACGCCCCGGGCCCUCCCCAGGGGCGUGAGAAGGGGCGGGGCUGCGGGCUUAAGACUCAGGCCCCAGGCAGUCUCCUGUUGUUCUGGAGCAAGCCGGCUAGUCAUACAGUAAGGGAGUCAUGUCGGCGCAGCCGGGGCUCUGGCCCCAGGUCCGGGACACCUGCACCUCUCUGGGGCUUAUGUUGUCGAUCGUGCUGUUCAUGGGUCUGGGCCGCGUGAUUGCUCGGCAGCAGCUGCACAGGCCCCUGGCCCACGCCUUCGCUUUGGAGUUUCUGGCCACCUUCCAGCUCUGCUGCUGCACCCACGAGCUACAACUGCUUGGCGCGCAGGACUCCGCGCACCCCACCUGGACGCUGACGCUAAUCUACUUCUUCUCGUUGGUGCAUGGCCUGACUCUGGUGGGCACUUCCGGCAAUCCGUGUGGCGUGAUGAUGCAGAUGAUGCUGGGGGGAAUGUCCCCCGAGAUGGGUGCAGUGAGGCUGUCGUCUCAGCUAGUUAGCGCUCUGUGCAGCAGGUACUGUGUAAGCGCCCUGUGGAACCUGGGUCUGACCAAGUAUCACUUCAGCGAGAGGAACUUGGCUUGCAAGAAUCCCAUCGAUUCAGAUUUACCCCAAGCGAUCAUCACAGAGGUCGUCUGCUCCUUUAUCUUCCACAGCGCUCUGCUGCAGUUCCAGGAGGUCCGAACCAAGCUUCGUAUCCACCUGCUGGCUGCACUCAUCACCUUUUUGGCCUACGCAGGUAUAUUAUUGAUGAUUUUAGUGUUCAGCUUUUUCCUUCCAUGGCUGCAUAACAACAAUACAAAAAAGGAAUAACUAUUCCAAAAGACUCAGACUAAGUUAAAAGACAGUCAAGCUGGACGUGCUAAACACUGGCUACACUGGAUUCGUCAAUGUUUUAACUUCCUUUGAGGAAGCUGUCUUAAGUUUUCAUCACUGGGACUUAAAAAAAAAAAAAUUACUGUGAAAAUGAGGUAUCCUGUAUUUCUCAGUUAAGACUUGUUCUUUUGAGUGAUGUAUUAAAUGCUGCUAGAAAAGACUCAUUCAUUAAACCUCACAUAAAUCUCAAGUGAUAAUUAUGAACUUAGAAGAAGAUCAAAUGAGUACAAAGUUGAGAAGUGGAGAAAAGGUGAUAGUAGGAUGAAAGAAAUUGUAUCAGUUGUUGCUCGAAUGAACAGGAUUCUUAACCAAAGUAUAAACAGUCUAGCUUACAGGACUGGAGAGAAGAUACUUUCCAGUGACUACCUCACACAGUGAUACCAUCAGUGGUAUCAUCUUCCAAUAGGAAAAUUGCGUUUGGAAGAUUAUAUAUCCAUUCAUUCUCAAGGGGUUUCUUAAAUUUUAAAUAUAUUCUAAUAUCUAAAAUAUGUUCUCUAAGUAGAUGAUCUCACUAACUUCAGGCAAGUUGUAUUAUAGAAUUAAAAACUCACAGGAAGGUGAGAUUAAAGCUAUCCACCUUGAAAUGUACCUUACACCUACCAGGUGAAAUAGGUACAUGUAUUUUUAAUCUUUAUUGUACAGAUAAGGAAACUAAAUCUAGAUGGGUUUAUAGUUUACCACUCUGCCCAAGGUCACAUAGAGCCAAAUACUGUCUUUACACUUUUACUUCAAUCCAAAAACAAUGCUCUGACAUCUGCCAUCCUUGUGAUACAAGGAAAACUGAGCGUUUUGAAGAAUCAUUAAAUUCCUUAUAAUAAUAUUAAAUGCAGGAAUCAAUUAGUAUUUUUGAGGUUUAAAGAACCUUCAACUUUUCUCUAUUGGAAGUCUUAUUGUCUGAGAUUGAAUUUUCAUUAAACGUUCAGAUCAUAAAAGGUUAGUGUUUCUCUUCAAAGGCAAUUCAGUUAGAAUUCAAAGUAAAAAAAAAAUGUGGUGAGAUAUGAUCUGAGAAAUAAUCAAUUAACAAGCACAUGAUAAAUUGCCAGGUAAUUUAAGUGCUGUUGGAGCUCAGCCUAUAGUUGUAGACUGAACAGUGGCAGCUUGUUGCUAAGUCUACCUAACAGGCAGCUGGUUUGAAGAUUAGUUUGUCUCUUUAACUUAGAAAAAUACAUCCCAUAGUAAUACUUUAAAAAGCAGAGGUCACCAAAAUGUGACUGCAUAGGUAAAGGUGUCACUGAUUUGUUUUACUGGGCCUGCAAAGUAUUUAAAAUAGAGUCAAUAUUUUAAGUCUUUUUCACAUAAAAAUCCAUAGUUCCAGCUUCUUUUGCAAAAUUCAGAUGAUCUUACAAUAUUAGGCCUGAAUUCUGCCAGGGCAACACUACUAAAUAAUGGUUCUUCCCUUUAACAGCCCCUUGUCUUCCAAACAUGAAGGUGUGUCACUGUUUCAUGGCUAUUUUUCUUACAGAAAUAGUUCUUUUUAUUCAUGUUGCUUACAUGAAGUCUAUGGUUUAAGAAAAAUGAGUACUAAUUGUGAAAAUAGCCCUCUGAACUUCACAUCAGAUUGAAUUUGUGACUUCUGAUAACCCUGCUUCCUCUGCCAUCUUCUCAAAUGGUGGCCACUUUCCCACACUCUCAAACCAUUGGGCCUAGAGGUGUUCCUUGUCCUUAUUGCUACUUCCCAUUCAUUCUCCUCUACUUCUUCCCUUAAAAACAGGUCAUCAACUACCUGGGUACUUGUUGCAGUUAAGCAUUAUAUAGUUCCCUCAAGUCCCCCUUAUUCCUAAGGUCUGAGUUCCUGUCAUCUUUUCCAUAACACUACUCCAGUUAUUUCUUGGUAAUUAAUACCACAGACAGGAUCCUUUCCAUGUCUUUGCCCCCGUUUGUUGGUUCCCUCCCCUUUAAUAAUCUUGUCUUUUACUCUGCUCAGCUUAUAUAUAGCUUCAGGCUUAAAAUUUAUGAUCUCAAACACCCCACUUUCCCACUGUAACUCCUUUCCAGCUCACUCACCCUAGUACCCUGUCUCUAGUGAUCCCCUGACUACCAUAGGGAACUUUUGCCCACUGAUAACUUUUCACAUUUCUUAUCCCUCUCAAGUACUGUCUUCUACUUAAGCAAUCAUUUACUUGGGCAAUCCUCACAAACAUGCUUGCACAUACCUGUACCUGUAAAUCCCUUUCUCAUCUCUUCACCUACCCACGACUUAACCACAACUUGAUUAAAUGCAAUAGUCUGCUUAUUUGCACUCAUGCAAUAGAACACAACCAGAAUUUGCUGUGUAUGUGUGUGUGUUUAAGGAUUUGAGGUUGCUGUCUGUAAGCAGCUGUACAUGUUUUACAAGCCAGCAUCUAAGCAUCUUCCCGGUUUGGGGUAAUCUACCACUGUGAGAAUCUGGACAGGGCAGUGUCAUUUGUUUUAAAAGCUUAAAGUGGCCAGAUACUCCAUCUGUCCCUUGCAACUAAGGCACAAAGUGCCAUCCAGAACUUUGAAUCUUGAGUGUACUGACUCAAAGACAUAGAGACAAUAAAGAAAUCAGUCUGAUAGCAGCAGGGGAAUUAAAACAUCUUAUGUAACCACUCCUAGGCCCUAACCCUUUUUAUGAGCCUUAUUUAUUUUAGCUUUCUUGUCUAUUUUGUAAGCUAGAACAUAGCUUUCUAAUAUUUAUUUUCUCCUUAAUUAGCUAGUAUUUGGAUUAAUAGCCAAAAUUUGGGUUGACACAAGAUUGUAAUUUCAUGAAAAUUACUGCACUAUAUUCAUAUUCAAAAUGUUUACUAUUUGAAGUUCAAUGAGAAUUAUCUAUGCUUUCUUCAUAAUGCUUUGAGCUAUUUAUUGCUGCUCUUAAUAAGCCUGAUGCAACCACUCCAGUUGCCUUUAUUAGCUUGUCCAAUGCUUAUAAACCAUAAACUCAUUAGAUCUGUUUAUAAAGCAGGAGACUUGCCUGAAGGUUCUAUGAAUAAUUGCAUGGAUUUCACGACAUCUAUUUUAAUUGCUCAAUGGAAUUUUAAAUUUCAGGUUUCUCAAAUAUAUUCUAAGUGGUGGAUGAAUGUUACAGUUUUUCUUAUUGGUAAUAAUUAACAUUUAGUGAGCUAUUUUUUAGGCACUGUUGUCCUAAGUGCUUAAUAUGCAUUAGUGAUUCAUAUAAUCUCCAAAAAAUCCACUCCCCCCCAAAUCCUAGCCAGACAUAGUGGCACAUCUGUAAUUCCAGUGACUUGGAAGGCUAAGGAGGAUCACAAGUUUGAGGCAGCCUCAGUAACUAAAUGAGACACUGUCUCAAAAUAAAAUACAUAAAGGACUGAGGAUGUGGCUCAAUGGUAGAGCACCCCUGGGUUCAAUCCCUAGUACAUACAAACAGAACAAAUGUCUGUAUAUACUGUAUAUUAGUCUUACCCCCAAGUCAUACAUAUUUUUAUUAUUUUUAUCUUUAAAAAUUAAGAUUAAAAUAUUCUAACCAAGUUCAAUUCUUCAAUUUAAGUUUUUCUGACUUCUCAUUUGAAAUUAGGAAGUCCCCAAUUCAGCCUUAUAAAUACUUACAUACUGGUUUUAUUCCUGUAUAUAUGAAGAGAAUGAAUAUAUUAGUGUAAAUAUGUUCCAUCUCCUCCAUAAUGUGAUGGCAAUAAUUCUAUUCUAGAAAUACUUUAAAAAUAGGAUUUACAUGAGUAUUAGCUAUACAGCAGUAAGUGGAUCAAAAUUCUAUAGAUAAGGGGCUGGGGUUUUGGCUCAGUGGCAGAGUGCUUCCCUAGCAUGUGUGAGGCACUGGGUUUGAUUCUCAGCACCACAUAUAAAUAAAUAAAAUAAAGGUCCAUUUAUAAUUUUAAAAAUUCCAUAGAUAAUCUAGUUUUAAAUAUUUAUUAUCUCUGAAUCUUCACUAAUCACACCUGUUUUCUAAAAGUAAAGGACUAUACACCAUAAUCAUUAGUGCAUAAACUCUCACCUUCACCAAUACUGAGAAAGACCCUAAUACCAUCUCAAAAUAUGUAACUCACAAGGCUUUAAAUAAAGAUUAUUUGAGAAGUAUAAA